GAUAUACAAAAAUAUCAUUGAUGUUUUGAUUUCUGACCAGACAAGAAAACGCCUACAGUAUUUCCACCUCAUUCUCACUAUUCUCUCCAACCAUAAAUAAGCACAAUAACAAAAGAAAGAAAUUGAAACUACCCAUUUAUAAUCUUGUUUCCUGGUUUCGACAUAUGGCAGAUCCAAGUUUCUUUGUUGGAGUCAUAGGUAACAUCAUCUCAAUUCUCAUGUUUCUUUCUCCAGUGCCAACAUUUUGGAGAAUAAUAAAGCAUAGAUCUACAGAAGAUUUCUCUAGUUUUCCUUUCAUAUGCACAUUGCUUAAUUCCUCAUUAUGGACUUACUAUGGAGCCAUUAAACCUGGAGAAUACCUUGUGGCCACUGUUAAUGGCUUUGGCAUCGUGGUGGAGACGAUCUAUAUUCUUCUGUUUCUCAUUUAUGCACCACCAAAAAUGAGGGUUAAGACUGCAAUUUUGGCUGGAAUUUUGGACGUGGGAGUGUUGGGAGCAGCAGUAGUUGCAACUCAGUUAGCAUUAGAAGGAGAAGCUCGUAGUGGUGCUGUUGGUAUCAUGGGUGCAGCUUUGAACAUUCUUAUGUAUGCUUCACCUCUUGCUGUUAUGAAAACAGUGGUGACGACAAAAAGUGUGGAAUAUUUGCCAUUCCUUCUUUCUUUUUUCUUCUUUUUAAAUGGUGGCGUUUGGCUGUUGUAUGCUGUUCUUGUUCGUGAUGUUAUUCUUGGGGUUCCAAAUGGUACAGGAUUUGUACUUGGAGCUAUGCAGUUGGUGUUGUAUGGGGUCUACAAAAAUGGAAAACCAUUGAAGCAUGUUUCAAACAGAUUGGAAGAAGGAUGUCAACAACAUGAGCAUCUCAUCUCAUCCUCAACUCAUCAUGAGUCACGUGAUAGAGAAAACGAGCCUAUCUAGUAGUUUUUAUUUCAAGUUUCAAAACUAUUGAUCAAUGAGUUUUCAUUUGGUUAGCUCAUGAGAGUGGAGUGUUGUAGUAUAGUGUUUCAAAAAGAUUGGUGAUAGCGUUUUGAUAAAAAGAAAAAAUAUAUUGGUGAUAGCGUAAUCUUCUUGUUUUAAAAUUUGUAAAAAAAAAAAUUUAAUUUUGUAUUUCUAUUCGGUGAUUUUUUAUUUAGGAAAAAUUCAAAAUACAAAUAAAUG